CAUCCACUCUCCAAACAAAACAAAAUUCAUCAGGAAAAAAAGGCAAAUUCGGCACACAAUGAAUACGCGUAAAAAUCGCAAACGAACGUGGAAAGUGCAAGAACAGGAAUUCGAGACAUCCUCGGGCGAUGCAGUUUCCGCUUCGUCGCCAACCAGAACAUCAACAAACACAACUCCUCCGCCCGCCGUCGCCAAAAAAGCCAUCGGAACAUCACAGCAACAAGAUUCGAACCGCCUACUGCUCUUUUUGCAAUCGUGGCAGGAAGCAAAGGAAGCGCAAGUGAACGGAACACUGCGAAAAGACAUGCCCGAGAGCAUCGUGGAUCUCAUGUCGGCAAAAGGCUAUCCGAUUUCCGUGAAUCUGGCACGCACAAAAAUCAUGAAUUUCAUCAAAAAGUACAAUUUGGUCAAGAAAAUGGCAGCACACGGAAAACCCAAUGAAUGGACGCAUUUCAAUACCGUGAAAAAAAUCCUCGAAUUCGGUCCUCCCAUUUUGCCGACAGCGAAUGUCGCAAUUCCGCUCGAAAAUAUCAAAUCGGAGGAGAAAGCGAGUCUCAAAGCGGAAAAUACCUUGAAAAUUGCCGAACGAAAGGUGUCAAUUGAUGCGCAGACAAAAUCGGGAACAUCGACAAAAAGUACCAAAGAUAUCGAUUUGAUUGAAAUUGGCGAUGAUGACAUGCAUCUUUUGAAGCCACGGGUUUAUUUUAGCGAAUCUGAACAUAUCGACGAAAGUGACGACAGCGAAAUGAGCGAUGACGAGCUCGAUUUUGAAAAUCCCCUCGACAAAAUCAGUUUUGGGUUCCAAAAUGCCUCAUCAACAUCAACGUCAAUGGAAAAUGGCAGAAAAGAUCCCCUUCCCAAAAUGCCGAAGCUCGAAAAAGGCGCCUCGUCGUCCCAAAAAAUGCCAAUUCUCAGUAAAAUGGAACAAAAUCAUAUCAAAAUUCCAAAUGUUGGUGCAAAUGCCGUUCGACCAUCACUUUUAACGCCGUCGCAUCAACAACAGCAACGAAUCAUUCCACUUUCACAAAAUGUCAAAUUACCAAAUAGCGGCGCCGGAGCGCCUCAACAAUUCCUCAUUGUGCGUCCUCUCACGCCGGGCAACGGAAAAACUUUGGCAAUUCCCAUGGGAGGCGAAUUCAAGUUCGGAAAUGCCCCGAAAAAGGCAGAAAAUAAAAGUGAAGCGUCGCCAUCGUCAUCGAGUCAAGUGAAAAUUGUGGGAUUGCCGAAAAUGCCGGCGCAAUUAAUGAUGCCAAAUAUUCAAGCAGGAAGUAAUGUAGAUAUUAAGCCGCCGCCGCCUCCCUUGGUUUGUACAAAUGCAACAAAAGCAAAAAGUGACGUGAAUGGUCAAGUUUCGGUGUCGUCUCCGUGCUCAAGUCCUAAUUCAUCGAACGCACAUCAAUCGCCAACAAUGCGUCAACUCCUCACGAACGUAAUAAAUCUCGAGACAAAUAUCUACAAGUUGCAACAAGAACGUCUCCAGCUUGAACGUGAACGCUUCGAAAUGGAACGCGACUACGGAAAAGAAAUGCUCAACGUAUUCCGAGAAAUAAAAGACAAACUUUGUGAUAUAAUAUCCGUUCCAACAUCAUCGACAUCACCCGCGACAUCCACGAAGGCCACUACAAAUAACUCAGAGGUUGACAAAGAAUAACUUUAUUUUAAACGAAAUGUAUUAGCGAAUAAGCAAUAAAUAAGAAAC